GCUAAGCGGUUGCUAUGCCAGACCCCUGUCGCUACCAAGCUCAUGCGUGUGCUUGGUUUCAUGACGCACAUCCUGCAGAGCAUUACGACCCAUGUUGUCCAGUCACGAGAGACACUGAAAUCGCUUGCAGGUCUCUUUCUCCCAAUUCUGACCAUGAACACUGUUGUCUCACUGUCGUUGCCUGCAAUCUGCCCGUGGCAGGCGCAGUGACGUCGGCGUUGGGGAAAUUCCGAGCUACGGAACGGAACUUCAGGCAGCCUCGAAGCAGCCAUCACCUCUGCACAACGCUCGCUCCUGAUCACCGGCCCCUCUGAAUCUGGCGCAUUAUUACUGUAGUGUGUGCGACUGGAACACGAUUGCUAUGAUCAUCCUCUGCGACACCAAUUGCCUUUUAUAGCGAGUGUUGUUGCAGCAUAUUUGUGCAGCCCAGCAUGUCUCUCACACUGAAGAUCACCUCACUGUUCGUGAGGACGCUCGCGAAGCCGAUGGCCAAUACCAUCAAGCGCAAUGCUCACGAACAUGAGCGUUUCCGCAGAAUAUGUGUCAGUUUCGCACAGAAGAUUCACCGAGUCGACAUGAGGAUGCGUCUUGGUCUCCUACAGGACCCGGCCGUGAUCGAUCGUCAGAUCAAGAAGGAAGUGGCGGCGGCGAAAGCCGCACGAGACAAGCAUGCAACACCCACUGUUAAGACAGAGGCAGAGAUGCAGGCCGAGGAAGAGAUGACGGAGAAGGAGAGGGAGGACAUAAAGAAGAGAACCGAGGAGAAAUUCAAGCCACGCAUCCGUCCCCUCUCCGAACAGAAGGCUAUCGAGACCGGCGCCAAUUUCGUCUCUGAGGCAUUCAUUUUCGCUGUCGGUAUAAGUGUCAUUUUGUUUGAGCAGUGGCGGCAAAGAAGGAAAGCAAAAAAUGCUCGAGACGAUAUCCGGGAGGACCUUGAAGAGCUGCAGGUCGAACUGACAACUGUCAAGAGCGAGCUCGAGGAACUGAGAAGGAAGCAGCCCGAUCCCGUGCAGCAAGGAAAGCUGCUAAGUUUCUGGAGAGGAAGUGGAGUCGCCGAGCAUCAAAAGACGGAAGAUGAGCAUAGAGCUGAGGCAAAGAUAGCCGUUGCAAAGGGAAAGGAAGCUAAAAGACUAAGAGAGCAAGCAGAAACUGAAAAGCCUGCAAGUGUAAGAGACCUGACAACACAAACAUCAGCUCUUUCUCAGGAGCACCCCGCAACGGAUGACAGCCAAUCUCAGCGCUGAGUAUUGGUGUCAUCCAAAUCUUGAGGGGUGGAUCAUGUCACUUCCUGAGCGAAUCCUCUAGCCCACCGAGGAAACCGUUGAUUACCGCUAUACCGUCUUGCACCGCCUGUUGUAAACAUUUUCUCCUCUCAUGAUACCCAUCCCGUUUAUAGACAGAUGAUAGGAAUGCGCUUUGCGACUCUUGUCACACGAGAUGUAUAGUAUGUACACUAUCUUGGAUCAGCUAUAUGGUCAUAAAUAUAACAAACAAAGUUCCU